AUGACGCAACCCAGCAUUCUUGAACGUUUAUCAGCACUCGACACCAAUACAGUGUCCGACGCUUUGGACUUUCUCAAUCUAAAAGGCACCGCAUACGACCUCAAGCCACUCUGGAACUGUCCAAAAAUCGUCGGGCGCACCAGCACAGUUAAAGUUGGACCAAAGACCAGCACAGCACCCACAACCCAUUUAUUAACUCCCGUGAUCGAUGCGGUCACAACAGACGACCGUAUUCUGGUGAUCGCGGGGGGCAAAGAUGGACUCUCUUGUUGGGGCGACAUUAUCGCCAACGCCUCAAAGAAGAAAGGAAUUCGCGGAACUAUCAUUGAUGGGAUGAGUCGCGAUAUAGACGGCAGCAGCGACAUUGAAUACCCAGUUUACGGCCGUGGGGUAACGAUGGUUAGCGCCCGAAAUCGCCUCGUACAAAUUGAUGCGGGCAAUCCGGUACAGAUACGUGGUGUCACAGUUAACGAAGAUGACUAUGUGGUUGCCGACCGAUGUGGAACGGUAUUCAUUCCAGCAAACCGUAUCGAGGAGGUUUUGGAGCUGGGUGAGAAGAUCGAUCGUCGGCAGAAUGGAAUGGUUCAGGCAGUUCGAGGGGGUCAACCCGUCACCGAGGUUAUGCACGAUAAGCAAUUUGAGGCUAUUCGCCCCCCAUCAGAUGCUACCAAAUCGGCCUCUGCAAGGAAUCCCAAAGAGGCCACUGUUGAAGACCAAGAGCUCGUAGCUCUCUUUGCCGAGUCAGAUACACCUGCUGUCUCUGAUGCGCUCGAUAAACUCGGAAUUCCCGGACAGGCCUUUGGAAUCAUGCCUCUGACGGACUACAAACAAGUAACCGUCGGUCCAGCUUUUACGAUUCGUUACGUACCUGCCAGCGAUCCACCCGGGAGUGUCGGGGACUUCAUCGACGAUGUGGCCAUUGGCGAUGUUGUAGUCAUCGAUAACAGCGGUCGCACUGACUGUACCGUUUGGGGUGACAUAAUGACUCAGUAUGCUGGUAUUCGAGGCAUUUCUGGAACUGUGAUCGAUGGUGUGUGUCGUGAUGUGAACCGUGCAAUUGAAGAUGAAUACCCACUCUUCACGGCUGGUCGCUGGAUGCGCACCGGCAAGGAUCGUGUUCAAGUGGCUGCUGUGAAUGAGGCCGUUGGUAUUGGCAAAGUGCGAGUUGAGUCGCGAGACAUUGUUGUUGCCGAUGCGAAUGGCGUUGUGAUUGUUCCACGAGCUCGGGCGCGUGAGGUGGCUCAGGUUGCGCAGAAAAUCGAGCAAAGUGAAAUCGGCAUUAGAGAUCUAAUUGCUAGUGGAGCUACGAUUGCUGAGGCGCGAGAGAAGCUCGGAUACCAUACACUUCAACGCAAGCAAUAG